AAGGUUACUGGUUCCACUCCCUCCCAGAGGAGACAUGGUGUUUGGUGACGUCAUCUCUUCCGCCCAGCUUCUUCUCCUCCUCCCUCGUCGGGCCGAGCGGCUCAGCAGAGAGAAAAUCCAACAUGGAGUAAUAGGAGAUGGGGCUCAGAUGGGGCCACCGCCAGAAAACAGCAGCAUGCGUUAUCGUACCGCUACGGGCCUUUCGUAGCAGAACUCGCACUGACCAAGAGAAAGAGAAUAAAAAGGCACGGACAGUCGGUUAGGAUUUAUAUAUCGAACUGGAUUCCACAUUUCUCCCACUCUACAGAUAAAAAGGCAAAGGAAACCAUCAAAACAAUGUGAAAAAAUGAAGCGAGCGAAGAAUACCCGCGUUGGGAUAAUAUAGGUGCAAAAAAGAGGAAAAUGAGCGAAGAAACACAUCCUGACGAUGACAGUUACAUUGCCCGUGUCAAAGCAGUGGUUAUGACCCGUGAUGACUCAAGUGGAGGAUGGCUUUCACAAGAAGGAGGUGGCCUUAGUCGAGUAGGAGUCUGUAAAGUCACUCAGUCAGAUAACAAUGGAAAAAGUGAUUUCCUCAUUCAUGGGGAGAGGCUGAAAGACAAACAGGUGGUGCUUGAAUGUUUCUUAAAGAAAGAUUUGAUAUACACCAAGGCCACACCCACAUUUCAUCACUGGAUAAUUGACAGUAAAAGGUUUGGGCUCACUUUCCAGAGUCCUGCUGAUGCACGUGCAUUUGACAGAGGUGUAAGAAAAGCAAUCGAAGACUUGACAGAAGGUUCUACAACUUCCUCUUCAACAAUACAAAAUGAAGCUGAAUUAGGUGAUGAUGAUGUGUUUACGGCUGCUACAGAUAGUUCAUCAAACUCUUCUCAGAAGAAGGAGCUGUCAGUGCAGGCACUAGCCCCCUCUUCUUUCUGUGAACCACGACGACACCGCUGUAUUCUGGGCCACAAGCAUGACCAUUACCCACUGCCUGACCACUACCUUCUUGAACAGUCUGUAUCUACACUACAGCAUCACAAUAAUUUUCAAGAUGAUAAUGAAGAAGUUGUUCGAAUCAAUCCUCGUGAAAAAACUUGGAUGACUGGUUAUGAGGAUUAUAGGCAUGCUGCUGCACGUGAGAAAUGUCUUGAUAUCGAAGAUGUGGACUCCUAUGUACAGUUUGCCAAAAGUGACGUCUCAAAACAUGAUUACAAUUACCCUUAUGUUCCAAACUGUGACUUUAGCUUCAGCAAAGAGCUGAAAAGCAGUGGCAGCUGUAUUAUUAAUGCUCAGCCUGUGUCUCAGAAGUCAAAAUCAAAGAGGAGGAAGGAGGAUGGGGAGAGAUCAAGAUGCAUAUACUGCAGGGACAUGUUUAAUCUUGAGGAGAAUGGACGUGGACAGUGCCAAGAUGCUCCUGACCCUAUUCGCACCUGCAUCCAGCGGGUCAGUUGCAUGUGGUGUGCAGAUACUCUGCUUUAUCACUGCAUGUCUGACCCUGAAGGGGACUACUCAGAUCCUUGCUCUUGUGACACUAGUGAUGAAAGGUUCUGUCUCCGGUGGUUAGCUCUUAUAGCUUUGUCCUUAUUGGCUCCCUGUAUGUGCUGUUAUCCACCACUACGUGCAUGCUACCACUGUGGAGUCCUUUGCAGGUGCUGUGGUGGAAAACACAAAGCAGUGGGAUGAAUUUUUUUGGGGGGGUUCUUUUCAAACUCCAAUACUGAGAAUGUUGGAAGAAUAUUUUGGAGUUAACUAUCUUUGCCUUACUCUGUGUUGGAAGAAAUAGCCCAUGGUGCCAUCUUGCAGUCUAUAUA